AUGGGGGUUUUGGGCUUUCUCGGAUUCCCCGGUAAGGGGCAAUCGACACGGCCGAAGCUUGUAGAGCUAAGGUCUGCGAAAUGGUUCAUUCUGUUUACUGUUUCUUUUGCGGCUUCUACGGAUAUUUUCAUGUAUGGCCUGAUUGUGCCAGUCACGCCAACAGCGUUGGAGCGCAAAGUGGGUCUCUCGAAAGACCAAAUCCAAACAUGGACUUCCAUUCUUCUAGCGUUAUACUCCGCUGCAUUACUGGCCUUCUCUCCUGUCAUCGGCUAUUUAGCAGACCGAGCUGAAUCUCGACGGUGGCCUCUUCUUCUCGGUUUGAUUGCAUUAGGAGCUGCAACUGCCUUGCUCUGCAUUGGAACCAAUAUCGGUCUGUGGAUCGCCGGCCGUCUGUUUCAGGGCGCGGCUGCAGCCGUCGUCUGGACCGUUGGCAUAGCGCUGAUGGUUGACACUGUCGGAAGGGAUGGCCUUGGUCAGGCCAUUGGUUAUGUCUCCAUGUCAUUGAGUAUUGGCACGAUGGGCGGACCUCUUCUGGGAGGCGUUCUCUACGAAAAUGGAGGAUACUACUCCGUCUUCGGGCUUGCGUUUGGGUUGAUUGGCGUCGAUAUUUUCCUUCGGCUGGUCUUGAUUGAAAAGCGACACGCUGCCCGAUGGAUUGCACCGGAAGUGAAGCCUUUAGCACCGAUCGAAGAGCAGGACAAGGAAAAUGCAUCUAUGGGUGCAACCGCAAAUUCUCUUGCACUCAGCAACGACCCGCAACCCGAGGCAUCGGAGGAAAAACCCGUGGCUCGGAGCCCUCUGAGACAAGCCGCUAGUCUCUUGAGCUCCUAUCGUCUCGUCGUGUCGCUCUGGGGAUAUUUUGUGAUAGCUCUAGUGCUGACCUCCUUCGACAGCGUUCUGCCAAUCUUCGUUCAGGAGACAUUUGGGUGGGAACAAACAGGCCAGGGGCUGAUCUUCAUCGCACUCAUGGUACCGCACAUCCUCGACCCAAUUACCGGCUUUAUCAUCGAUCGUUAUCCCUGGACACCCCGCUAUCUCACCGCAGCUGGAUUCCUCUUUGUCGUUCCUGUGGCAACUCUCUUGCGUCUCGUCAAAGAAAACACAAUGCAUGACAAGAUUGUCCUUUGCGCCCUGCUUGCCUUACUCGGAUGCUGUAUUGCCCUGGUUAUGACCCCCAUCGUGACUGAAGUGUUCAAUGCCGUCAAGGAGAAGGAGGAUAGAUCUCCGAACAUCUUUGGCCGUGGAGGCGCCAUGGCUUUGGCGUUUGGGCUUUCCAAUAUGGGCUUUGCGGCGGGUAGUCUCAUUGGCCCGUUUUUUGCCGGGUUCAUUCGCCAGAGUGCUGGCUGGGGAACCAUGGGCUGGGCGAUGGGACUGAUCGCGGGAGUCUCUGCGAUCCCAAAUCUGUUGUUUGUGGGUGGCUGGAUCCUGAGGAAGCCAACCGCGGCUGGUGAUCAGCCCGAGUCGGAAGGUUCCUAG